GCAGGCGAUGACAUUGUGGCAGCUUCAGCUGAGACCAGCAUUGUGUAGCAAAGAGAACACACACACGAACAUACGGAGCAUAGAAGCAAUUCCUUAGCGACAUGGACCAUCGCGCAGUCGGCUUGCCUGGCAAUCCCAGCACAACCAUGAGCACAUUCGAGACCUUCUCUGAGGAACAGUCCGAACUGAACCUGGACGAGAUCUAUGACCAACUGGAGCAGAUGAAGCAGCGCGCAUUGCAGCUUCGCAAAAUCCUGGUACGCGACCAGCCAGCAGCGGCCGAGUAUGCCAAAUGCCUUAGAGAUAUCGAGUUACAUGGCUCCCAAAAUGUCGAUUUGCAUCAGGUGCAGCUGCAAACAGCUAAAAUAGUUGGCCAGGUGGUAAAUCUAUCGCAACGACUGAACAACGAGGGUAAACAUCUUAAGGACCUGGACUGCGACUUACAACAUCACAAAAAACAGUCGCAAACGCUGAAAACAAAAAUCGAAGAGCUGCACAAAUGGCCCAGCCAACAGCAGCAUCGAGCGGGGCUGUGCCUGGAGCGUUACAACGAUCUCAGCAUAAGGUGCUGUUCAGUGGAAGAUUAUUGUCUCUUUAUGGAGGAUCACUAUAAAAACUUCGUUAAUAGUAUCAAGGUCGUAGCGCCCCUCAAAUACUAUACGGCAGAUCGGUUGCAGGUUGCCAAGCGAUUGGAGAAGGCCCGCAAAACGUUGUCUAAAUCCUCACAGCUGCUGUUGCGACACAGCACCGAAUUGGGACAAAUUUUGCAUAGUUAUUUUGAAAAAGGUGGCAUUAAGCGUUUACCCAGAACAUCAUGCUACUCGCAACUCGGCAGUAUGCUGCUCGAAUAUCAUAAUGCCGAUGAUGCGGAUGUAGAGUAACAAAAUUCUUUAAAUUAAACUGUUGUAUUUCUCUUGUUGACAUCUCUUAAGGAAAGCCAAAAAUAUAUGCACUAUAUAUAUAAA